AUGGCCGAGAAGAGAGAGCAAGUGAAGCCAUUAGCCCCGGCCGCUCUUGGGAUCAAGAUCGACGAAGAUGAAGACAUAUCGAUGGAAUUCAGAAACCAUCACCACCGAAAAUGCAUCACUUGCUGUGGCUGCAUAACUGCAAUCUUCUUAAUUAUAGUUAUGAUCAUGUUAGUACUCGUGUUCACCAUCUUUCACAUAAAGGAUCCCGUGAUCAAGAUGAAGAACUUAAAGAUUCAAGGAUUCGGUGCACUUGUGAGGACGGAUAAUCCCGGCCCGGCGGUUAACCUAACAGUUGAAGCUGAUGUUUCUGUCAUUAACCCUAAUGUGGCCUCCUUCAAGUUUAGCAACACUACAACAAGUUUGUACUACGACAGUAUUGUCAUUGGUGAAGCCCAAAUUCUGGCCGGCGAGGUGAGGGCCCGACGAACUCUUGAUAUGAAUUUUUGCAUUGAUGUUAAGGUGGACAAAAUAUUGGCUUUACCAGGAUUAAAAAGUGAUUUAGCUUCAGGGGCACUGUCUAUAAGUAGCCAUUCGAAAAUAAGUGGAAAAGUGAAGAUUAUCAACAUCAUAAAAAAGCAUGUUGUGGUGCAAAUGAAUUGCACAAUGACUUUUGAUAUACGAAGCCAAGCCAUUCAAGAUCAGAAUUGCAAGAGGAAAAUAUCUCUGUAA